AUGCGCCCGAGCAGCAGCCAGCAGCUGGGCGUGGGCGACUGCGUGGCCGUCAAGCCCAAGCCCAGCGACAGCGGCGGCGCCAAGAGACUCGGCCGCGUGCAGCGCCUGCGCUCCAGCGGCGCCGUCGACGUGUUUUACGCCGACGGCCGCGUCGAGGAGCGCGUGGGGCGCGACCGCCUCGUGCCGCCCAAGUCGCCCGACAGCAAGACGCCCAGAAGCAGCAGCAGCAGCAGCAAGACCGCGAGGGCCAGCGGCGCCAAGUCCAAGCGGCCCGCAGUGGACACGACCAGACGCGACGGCGCGAGGCCCCGGACGACGAGCCUCGACGACGAGCUGGAGGAGAAGGCCCCCGCUCCAGGUGCACAAGCUGAGGCCACGCAGCGCAGAGCGUGCACUGCAGCGACUGCCGCUGCCCCCACCAAAAGACGACAGCCCACCGAGGCGUCUCCUCACUCGCAGCAGAAGCAGCCGGCGUCUUCGCGACGACAACGAGACUUGAGCGACUCGGUCGCCCACACGCAGAAGCAGGUGACCGAGAUCUUGGAGGCGAUCGCUGCGACAGAUGCCGACGCAGUAGCUGUGGUGGGUUGA